CUGUACCGAUGCCUUUUCCACUUCCGGAAGUGCGUGGCUCAGAGGAAAUAUGGCGCAGAGGGUCGUGCAUGUACCUGUUAUAUUCAUUGCGGCACACGGUUCCUUUGUUGCAUCGCUCUGGUCGUUCUUGUUGGCGUUCGCAGUGUUUGAAACCGUGAACGCCGACGACGUGUUCAGUGCAAGUCACACGGCCAUGGCACAAACCGCCGCCGCGCGAGAUUUACGGUACCUUUUGUAUGAUGUGAACCCACCAGAGGGUUUCAAUCUGCGCAGAGAUGUAUACAUCCGCAUGGCCUCCUUGGUGAAAGGCCUGAGGAAGAGCGGGGACGACUGGGUUCUUGUGCUUCCUCCAUGGGGCCGCCUUUAUCACUGGCAGAGCCCCGAUAUCCACCAAGUUCGUAUUCCGUGGGGGGAGUUCUUCAGCCUCACUAGCCUGCAGGCCAACGUGCCUGUCAUUGAGUAUGAGGAAUUCAUUGCUGAGAAUGGGGGUCCAUUUAUAGACCAGGUUCUAGUAUUGCAAAACUAUGCAGAGGGAUGGACUGAUGGUAAAUGGGAGGAGAAGGUGGAUGAGCGGCCAUGCAUUGAGAAGUUGAUGUACUCUAAAGAUAAGCAAGGCUACUACAGGGGUUGGUUUUGGGGCUACGAGCAAACCAGAGCUCGAAACGUAAUGUGCAUUUCUGCCCAGGGCCAUGCCUCCAUCAUGGCCCCAGUUCUUCAGAAAAACAUCACAGUGACAUCAGUAAUGCUUGACCGAGCAGAGACGCUUCUUCAUGAUUACUAUGCUGGGAAGGAUUAUUGGGAUACGCGCCGAAGCAUGGUUUUUGCCAAGCACUUGCGACUCAUAGGAGAUGACUUCAGAGCAAAAUAUCUUAAUUCUACAGACGAGAAGGACCAAACAAUAUACAGUGAGGACUGGACUCGCAUGAAAGCCAAGCUAGGCUCAGCUAAAGGUGGGCCGUACCUGGGAGUCCACCUGCGCAGGAAGGACUUUAUCUGGGGUCACAGAGAGGAUGUGCCCAGCCUUAAAGGAGCAGUUAAGAAAAUGCACAGCUUGAUGAAGAAACACAAACUUGACAAAGUGUUUGUUGCAACAGAUGCAGACGAGGAAGAACUGAAGGAGCUGAAAAGGUUGUUGCCAGAUAUGGUGCGUUUUGAGCCAUCCAUAGAGGACCUGGAGCUGCUUAAAGAUGGAGGAGUGGCCAUAAUCGACCAGUGGAUAUGCGCUCAUGCAAGAUUCUUCAUAGGAACAUCAGUGUCCACUUUCUCUUUCCGUAUUCAUGAGGAGAGGGAGAUCUUGGGUUUUGACCCCAAGACUACAUACAACCGAUUUUGUGGGGACACUGAAAAAGAAUGCGAGCAGCCCACACACUGGAAAAUCGUUUUUUAAUGUGACCUCUGACUUUUACUGUCACACAGACACACACAAAAGUGCCAAAAACAGUGUUACAUUUGACAUUUAUUUGUAUGAACGUGAAAGAUAUUUUGAGAGUUUUGUUGAGCUUUGUACUGUUGGAUAUGUAGUGAUGACUGUGACUGAACCGUGCUCAAAAGGCUUAGACCUGACUACCAAACAUGCAUUACUGUACUAUUCAACAUUCAAAAAUCCACACACAUUUUUUACGUUGAAUGUCGAUCCUUCAACACAGCUAUGUUUUUUCAUGUAAUCUCUAAUAUUUAUUACAUACACCAGAACAACUGGUGAGAAAAGUGUCUUAUGCUGACUGCAGCAGACAGAGCUGUUACAGUCUCAGGUUAACAUUUAAUCACAGAGAAUCUAUUGGGCUGGUGCAUGUCCACUGCUCUUGUAAAAGAUAUAAUCAAGACAUAUUUCAAGACCAUGAACAUAACUGUAACAAACACUGGUUUAAUGAAGGAGGAACUGUAUGAAUUUUGUUCAUAAAGAAAAUAUGUUCACCUUCUGAAGCUUUUAUUUCUGAAAUAAAAAGAACUUACAGAACCUGA